ACAACAGCUUGGAGCCUCGGGGCUUAGAGCGCAGCUACGGAGCUGCAGUGACUGUACAUGAGGACAUCCAGCAGCUGCCGCUGUCCAUCACAGGGUUUAGACGCAGGCCCAGCGAGCUCAGAGCCCGUGGCCGCCGGCGGCAGCGACACACGCCGCCACUGGAAGCAGCCACGUCUCCUCUGCCUGCGACGGGAAUGCGACUGUGACCGGAAAAACCCUGGAAAAGCCGUCAGUCACAGUCACAAGAUGGAGAGUUUGGUCCCGGUGCUGGUGGCUCUGCUGGCGUUGGGCAGCGCCGCUCACGGUGAACAGAGAGCACCUCGCAUCAUCACCCUGUUAGAGACCCUGGAUGUGCUGCUGGAUCACAAUGCCACUUUCAUCUGUGAGGUGGAGUCACGCCCCCCCGCUGACAUCAGCUGGACCAAGAAUAAUCAGCCAAUAAUGUCCUACGACCCUCGAUACGUCACCAGGGAGCGGGGCCAGAUGCUGAUCCUGCCUCAUGUGCGAGAGGCGGACAAUGGAGAGUACUGCUGUCUGGCCAGUAACGGUGUUGGGGAACCGGCCAAGAGCUGUGGGGCUCUGCAGCUUAAGAUGAAGCCUCAGAUCAAACGUCAUCCCGCUAACGUGACCCUCCUGCUGGACUCCAAGGCGGUUUUACCCUGCGUUACCCUCGGCAACCCCAAACCAGAUGUGACCUGGCUCAAAGACGAUGAGCUGAUCAAGUUCACCGACCGUGUUACUAUUCUCGACUAUGGAGCUCUGAAGAUCCACAACAUACAGAGAGAGGAUGCGGGCCAGUAUCGCUGCGUGGCCCGAAACAGCUUCGGUCUGGCGUUUUCAAAGCCCGUCACCAUAGAAGUACAAGCUCCGGCGAGAAUCCUGCGAGUUCCAAAGGAGAAGAGAGUCGCUCACGGCAGCCAGAUUUCUCUGGAGUGCAACGCAACAGGAAAUCCAGUCCCGACCAUCACCUGGCUGGAAAACGGGAAUACUAUCUCAGAUGCGUCGGUUGCAGAGACUUUGGUUGGAGAAGUCGUUCUGUCCGUUCUUACAGUCAAGGCCAAUAAACCAGCUCUGUACACGUGCCUGGCCUCCAACAGACACAGCGCGGGAGCCAACACAGCCAAAGCCACGGCGAGAGUCACGGUCGCAGAGUGGAGACUCUACAAGGGCGUCGCCGGCUACUGCAGCGCGUACCGCGGCGACGUCUGCCGCGCCGUCCUGCCAGACGAUUCGCUGGUCUUCUUCAACUCCUCGCUCUCGGACCCCGAGGACAUGCAGGAGUACCUGGUUCAGAGCUGGUGGGCGGAGGUGGAGGGGCUGAGCGCGCUGUGCAGCCCCGCCCUGCGCUCGCUGCUCUGCCACGCCUCCUUCCCCGACUGCAACCCGUCCGGACUCGGACCGGCGCCUAAGCCCGUGUGCAGAGAACACUGCCUGGCCGUGAAGGAGCUGUACUGUCACAGGGAGUGGUCGGGCCUGGAGGGCAGCACCGCGGCCCAGUCCGGCCUCUUCUCCUCCCUCACCGGGCCUCACAGCCCCGGCGCGCUGCUGCCCAGCUGCCAGGUUCUACCGAGCCUCCGCGCAGACCCUCAUGCCUGCACACAUCUUCCUUUUGUAGACGUCAUCAAAGAUCAAGUUACAACGACGUGUUACAAUGACAGAGGCCGUUUUUACCAGGGCUCCAUGAACGUGACGCGGUCCGGGAUCGUGUGUCAGCCGUGGAGCCAACAGGUUCCUCAUCAGCACCGUCUGUCCGUGGGCGUCAUCCCAGAGCUGAAGGACUCAGAGAACCACUGCCGGAACCCAGGAGGCAUCAGUGACAGGCCCUGGUGCUUCACCGCCAACCCCAACAUACGCUGGGAGUACUGCGCCGUCCCACAGUGUGGGGAGGCCAAAACCGUAGCAGUGAUGAAACCCGAGACUCCGGGUCCUCGUCAGACUCCUCGUGUUCCUCCCAUCACCACCAUCACAUCUCAAACCUACUCCAUGUCCGUCAUCAUAAUCCUCCUGACUGCACUUGCAGCCGGAGUCUUCCUCACCAUCAUCAUCCUCGCCUGCCGCAGGCGGAGGAAGCAGUGGAGGAGCAGAAAGAGAGCGAUGGAGACCCCAACGCUGAGCGCGCUGCCGUCCGAGCUGCUGCUGGAUCGACUGCACCCCAACCCCAUGUACCAGCGCGUGCCCCUGUUGCUGAACUCCAAGCUGCUGGCCCUCGAGUAUCCCAGGAACAAUAUCCAGUAUGUGCGGGACAUCGGAGAGGGAGCCUUCGGACGGGUUUUCCAGGCCAGAGCUCCAGGUCUGCUGCCUGUGGAGCCCUUCACCAUGGUGGCAGUGAAGAUGCUGAAGGAGGAGGCCUCCGCUGACAUGCAGAACGACUUCCAGAGGGAGGCAGCGCUCAUGGCCGAGUUCGACCAUCCCAACAUCCUGCGGCUGCUCGGCGUGUGCGCCGUGGGGAGGCCCAUGUGCCUCAUGUUCGAGUACAUGGCCCACGGCGACCUCAACGAGUACCUGCGGCGCCGCUCGCCCGCCCCGUCGCGCCCCCUGAGCCGCGGCAGCCUGUCGGCCGGCGCCUCCGGGCCGGAGGCCGGGCCGCUCUCCUGCCGCGAGCAGCUGUCGGUGUCCAAGCAGGUGGCGGCCGGGAUGUCGUACCUGUCGGAGCGCAAGUUCGUGCACCGCGACCUGGCGACGCGCAACUGCCUGGUGGGGGAGGAGAUGGUGGUGAAGAUCGCCGACUUCGGCCUCUCCAGGAACAUCUACUCCGCCGACUACUACAAGGCCAACGAGAACGACGCCAUCCCCAUCCGCUGGAUGCCUCCAGAGUCCAUCUUCUACAACCGCUACACCAGCGAGUCGGACGUGUGGGCGUACGGGGUGGUGCUGUGGGAGAUCUUCUCCCACGGCAUGCAGCCGUACUACGGCAUGGGCCACGAGGAGGUCAUUUACUACGUCAGGGACGGCCACAUCCUGUCCUGCCCUGACAACUGUCCGCUGGAGCUGUACAACCUCAUGCGGCUUUGCUGGAGCACGCAGCCGUCGGAGCGGCCCGGUUUCAGCAGCAUCCAUCGCAUCCUGGAGCGCAUGCAUGAGAGCGCGCUGAGCGCCAGGCCCGGUGCUGAGGCUGACUGCUGACUGGGAGCGUCGCAUCAGGCCCGGUGCCGAGGCUGACUGCUGACUGGGAGCGUCGCAUCAGGCCCGGUGCUGAGGCUGUUCUCCAGACUGGUCCCAGACCUCACAGAGGCCCUUCGUAGAAAAUGGUCGGACACCGUGUCCACUGAUCGCAUCUAAUUCCCUCCCUUUAAUCCUGAGCCGUCUGUCGGCGACUGCUUCAGCCACAGUUAGUGCGUUUGUGUGUUCGUCACCUCUAGCUAAUUCCACAGAGGCAAACGAUCACUUUAAAUCCUAGCCGAGUGUUUUGUGGCUUAAUAUUCCAUUUUGGGGCAUUCUUGUUUCACUUUUUACUUUUGUUUUUCAGUGUAAUAUUUGAAGUUCACUUUCUGGCUUGCAUCCUACGGGUCAGUGUGUGUCUGCUGUAAAUGACUGUAAAUGUGAUACAAACACACUUGUUUGCUUCUGUUUCUGCAGAAUCUCUGCCUGGAUUCAUUCCCUCGCCUUUUCAAAGGCUCACUUCUAAGCGAAGAACAGCUGGAUGUGAAUAAAUGGCAUCAUUCUGGAAAACUACAUUUGUAUUGAGACUUCUAAGGAUUGAGAAGCAUUGUGAUCAGCUGUGUUAAAUUAACUUAGAGUCAUAAAGUGUUGCACAACAGAAAUACUGCGUCAACAUCGUAAGUCUUCUUCAUGGAAGAGUUUCCUUUUGUCUGAUUAACGUUAAGUGACAGUUCAUGUCAUUUGAAUCUAAAAAUACCUUUCAGAUGAACGACCUGCUGUGUUUUUUUAUUAAAUGCUGUGAUGUUAUACAUGUUUAUACAUUUAUAGCUACAGUUGUUUCCUAUUAAGUGUUAAAGUACUUAAUUGUUUGCAGAUGAAGAAAACAAUAAUAAAAUAGCGCAUUUCUUUCAAACCUG